AUGGCAUUCAUAAAAUGUAUUCGUGAUCAUUCAUUAAAUGAUGAAGACGUGAGCCGAUAUUCACGUCAAUUAAUAUUAUCUGAAUUUGGUGUGGAAAGUCAAGAUCGUUUGAAACAAAGUUCAGCGCUGAUUGUUGGUUGUGGCGGUUUAGGAUCUCCUUGUGCAUUGUACUUAACAGCAUGUGGCCUCGGUAGACUUGGUCUGCUAGACCAUGAUAGUAUUGAUAUAACAAAUCUUCAUCGACAAAUCAUUCAUAAUGAACAAACAUUAAAUCAACCCAAAGUUGAAUCAGCUGCUUUAAACUGUCGUAAAUUAAAUUCAACUAUAAAAAUAGAUGUAUACAAUGAAUUAUUAACAAGCGAGAAUGCGAUGAAAAUAUUUAAUGAUUAUGAUGUAAUCGUAGAUUGUACAGAUAAUGUUCUAACACGUUAUUUAAUUAAUGAUUGUUCGAUUUUAUUAAAUAAACCACUGAUAUCAGCAAGUGCAAUACGUUUUGAAGGACAAUUAACAGUAUUUAAUUAUAAAAAUGGACCGUGCUUUCGUUGUUUAUAUCCUGUACCUCCUCCUGAGUUAGCUACAUCCAAUUGUUCGGAUGUCGGUGUUCUAGGUCCCGUAUGUGGUACACUAGGAAGUUUACAAGCAUUAGAAACAAUAAAAGUUUUAACAAACAUUGGUGAUGUUUUAUCCAAUCGUAUGUUAUUAUUUGAUGGUUUAGCAAUGACUUUUCGUGUUAUUAAAUUAAGACAAAAACAAUCUACAUGUGCCGUUUGUAGUGAGAAUCCUAUCAUACAAUCUUUGCAAAAUUAUGAUCUAUUUUGUCAACGAACAGUAUCCAACGAUAAUCCAGUUGAACAAAAAAUAUUAAAUUCAGAUGAAAGAUUAAGGGCAGAUGAAUAUAUCAAAUGGUUGAGUGAUGAUGAAAAAGUAAAACAACACUGUUUGAUCGAUGUGAGACCUACACAUGAAUUAGCAAUAGGACGUUUACCGAAUACUAUUAACUUACCGAUUGAUACAAUCAUCGGAGGGGGUGAUAGUAGCAUGAUAGUAAAAACACUAACAGAUCUAAUAGAGAAACAUCAAUUAAAAAAUAUUGUUGUAAUAUGUCGACGUGGUAAUGAUUCACAAAUAGCUGUCAGAAAAUUUUACGAAUUGUUGAAAGAUUAUAAUGAAAAAAACUCAUUAACAAUUGGAAUUAAAGAUAUUAUAGGUGGGUUUUAUGCGUGGCACAAAUAUGUUGAUCACACAUUUCCCAUUUAUUAG